GCUAGCGUGCUGCUUCUGCCGGAGCUAGCAGCCGAUUUGCUGGUCAUCAGUUCCUGGUCAGGGCCUCUUGUCUCCGCCUCCACGCUUCGAGGGCCAUGGAUUUCCCGGGCCACUUCGAGCAGAUCUUCCAGCAGCUGAACUACCAGCGCGUCCACGGCCAGCUGUGUGACUGCGUCAUCGUGGUGGGCAGCAGACACUUCAAGGCCCACCGCUCGGUGCUGGCAGCCUGCAGCACCCACUUCCGCGCCCUGUUCACGGUUGCAGAGGGAGAUUCUAGCAUGAACAUGAUCCAGCUGGACAGCGAGGUGGUGACAGCUGAAGCUUUUGCCGCCCUGGUGGACAUGAUGUACACCUCCACACUGAUGCUCGGGGAGAGCAACGUCAUGGACAUCCUCCUGGCGGCCUCACAUCUGCACCUCAACAACGUAGUCAAGGCCUGCAAACACUACCUGACCACGCGCACCCUGCCCAUGUCCCCCCCGUCCGACAGAGCCCUCCACCACCACCAUCACCACCACCCCCAGCAGGAGCAGCAGAGGCACAGGCAGCAGCAGCAGCAGCAGCAGCAGCAGCAGCAACAGCAAGGCGCAGAGUCAGCGGAGAACCCGGCUCUUGCAGCCAACCCUAACCUCGCAGGAAAUGCCGCCGCGUCAAAGCUGCAGCGCUCCUUCCUGCUGCAGCAGCUGGGGCUCAGCUUGGUGAGCUCCGCCUUGGGUGGGAUGGAGGAGAACGGAGUCGGGAACGUGGUCGGCGGCAGGGUGGUGGAACAGAGAGCCUCUUUCCCGAUCCGGCGCUUCCACAAACGCAAGCCCUCUCUGGGCCUGUCGGAUGAGCGGCCCAGGCAGAGGCAGCGGCCCUCAGGCCCGAACCUGGGGCUGCUGGGAGAAGAAGGGGCGAACCACGAGCGAGAGGAGGGAGCACUGCUCUCCCCGGACUCGCACAAGAUGGGCGAUGAAUCUAAGUUGGAUGGCGCAGUCGCCGGCCUGGCUGGGGCGCCCCAAGACGAUCCUCAGAUGCCCAGCCAGUCAGACAGCGGACACUUCGGUGGGGAGGAAGAGGGGAUGAUGCAGGGAGUGAGGAAGGAGGAGGACAUGGAGGAGCAGGACCACCAGGUCAACAGAGCAGGGGUGAAGAUCAAAUCAGGGACAGAGGAGGAGGAGGCAGAGGCGCAGGAACAGAAGGUGGUGGUGAAACGAGAGCCGCUGAGUUCGCCGGAGCCAGCGGACGAAAUCGGUGACGUGACAUCGCAGGUAGAGCCCGGAGGCCCGGAGGAGGAGGAGGAGAAGGCGGAGCUGAGUCCGGAGAGCAGCGACCGCAGCUUCACCUCCGAGCCCCAGCCCAGCUCCAACUCCCUGCUGCAGCCCGGCUCCCAGCUGCUCCUCAACAGCAGCAUGGGAGGGGGCGGCGGAGUCGGAGGAGGCUUCGGGUGUAACAGCAGGCCGGGUGUCAAACCCGGUUUUAGUAUCUCCAGCUUCCUCGGCCCCAAGGACUUUCGGACUGGUGGAGCGGGGUUGGUCGGCGGAGAAGACGACCUCCCCAACACGACCACUGACGACACAAUGGCGCACCACUUCCUGCUGAGACAGGAGGCCACCGGGUCGUCCGGCUCGGCUUCGUCCUCUCUCCUGAAGUCGGGUCCGCUCGGUGGCGAGAGCUGCAAUGGAUUUAGAGACAACCUUCAAGAGUCUUUGUUUCUCCGCCCCCUGCACAACGGUUUGGGGAACCCCGGAGGAGGUGGGGGAAGCAACAGCGGAGGGGCAGAUCCUUUCGGUUUGGACUUCCAGCGCUCCAGUCUGGGGUUCCACUCCCUGGGGCAACCGUCACGGGGAGCAGGGUCAGCGACCACCGCCGCCCUGGGUUACCCGGGUUACAGACGCAUCGCUCCGAAAAUGAACGCCGGUGUGGGUGGAGACGAAGGACUGGGAGACUCUGCCUCCUCCUCCUCCUCCUCAAGCCUGGCCGGCCCUCUGCUGCUGAACGAGAGCGGCGGGUACGAGAUGAACGGCGGCAGGCCCACCUCCCUACCCCCGCAGCUGACCCGCGCCUCGGCGGACGUCCUGUCCAAGUGCAAGAAGGCGCUGUCGGAGCACAACGUCCUGGUGGUGGAGGGGGCUCGCAAAUACGCCUGCAAAAUCUGCUGCAAGACCUUCCUCACGCUGACCGACUGCAAGAAGCACAUCCGCGUCCACACGGGGGAGAAACCCUACGCCUGUCUCAAGUGCGGCAAGCGCUUCAGCCAGUCCUCCCACUUGUACAAGCACUGCAAGACCACCUGCCUGCGCUGGCAGAACAGCAACAUGUCCAACGCCCUGCUGUAAGCCCGCCGCCGCCGCAUCGGAGUGGGAUCAUUGGUGGGCUGGAUUCAAAGACUAGUCCAAAAAAAAAAAAGGUUUUCCUGAAGUUGUCGCAGAGCAAGCGGAUAUGAUCAGCUGUUCUAUCCUCACCACAGACCACAGACCAAAGAUAGGGACGAUAAUUUCAUGACCCACACUGUUGAGGUGGCAAAAGUCAUUGUAAACACAUUUAGUCCUAGAAGGACUACAGAGAUGCAAAGGUGCCACAUUUGUUGCUCUGGAUUGAUCAUAAACACCAACCAUAGACAUACAGACUGUGCCGGCCCAGUCUGGACUUUUGUUUUGAAGCUGCUACUCUGUUAGCUAUUUUGUCUUUAUAAAACAAAAAAGGAGUUAUUUAGGUGAAAUUUAGAGUUUGUGGUUAUUGAAGUAGAAUGAACUCACUAAUACUCCGUGUGAGAGAGGCAGCUGAGCAGAACCAACAUCUAGAACAAAUAUGUAAAAAUAUUACGCUUGUGUGUGGAUUUAUUUCACAGCACAUUUAUAAAACAUGUAGCAGCAGCCCGCAUCAGACUGUACUCCGCCUUGUUCUCUGCAAAAGGCAGUUGGACAAACUGAUUCAGAUGCAGUUUGUGCGACAGAUAGGAUGCCUGUAAGUAUUAAGAACUGUUGAUGGUCAUGUGCUCUCGGCUCAAGUUCAACCGACGGAGAAGAUGACAGAGAACCUUGUGUGUUGUUGCACAAAAAAAAAACCCGGUCAACUGGACAAAAUCAUUUACUGAAGCGAUGAGAAACCCCGAUAAACAGUUUAGCAUUUUUCCAAAAUGUUGGAUUCACGAGUACUCCACCACCAAGUCAGGUCAGAUGUGUGACCUCUGCUGUGGCCUUUCAGUCCAAGCGCCAUCAUCGGAAGUGUUGCAGAGCUCACUUAAAGUAGGGAAUAUGUCCGUUUGCACUGAUGGGGCCUUCCCACCUCCUGUGACCACAAACAUGUCUACCUGUAGUUUGUCAAGUGCCAGUUUCGGAGGAGGGGGAAGUAUUAAAUGGCUCUGAUCACAACGUGCCCCAAUUUGCAGAGCUGUAAACCUCAGAAUUAAGUCGCAAGGGUUUAAAGGGAGCAGUGAGGGAAAGGAAAGUGUGGACGUUCAACAUUUGAAGUAAAAGCAGGAGAGAAAAAAAUUCCUGCAUUCACUGGGCCUUGCAGUCUCUUUUUGAGAAUAACUAUUAUUGCAUUAUAAUGCUUAUUUUAAAUAUCAACUUCACACGCUGUAAAAUGCACCUUAUUUUGUAUCUUAUUUUUUUGUGAUUUUCUUUUUUCAAUUUUAUCAAUUAUGGCAUUCUCCCUCCUUUAUUGGUUACUGACUGAGAACAAACACAAAAGUCUCAGCUGUGGUCAACGAGUUUACAC